UAAUGUCUAAAACAUAUGAUUUUCAGUUGUUAUGUUCUUGUGAUAGUUUUGUUUUUAAAAUUGGAUUAAAAACAUAAAAAAAUGAAUGGCAUUUUACAUAAUUAAUUACAUAAGUUAAUAAAAGCAGCACAUUUAAAGAAAAACUGCUUCAAAAUGGUUUCCAUUAUAAAGAACCAGUUGCUAAAACAUUUAUCUAGAUUUACAAAGAACCUUUCAGCAGACAAAAUAAAUCUGAGCACUUUCAAAGGCGAGGGCGAACUAACUAAUCUGGAAUUGAAUGAAGACGUGCUGACUGACUUGCUGGAAUUACCUUGUUGGCUUAGGCUGACGAAAGCCUGGUGUAAUAAAGUUACAUUUCGAAUCACUUGGACUAAGCUGAAAACCGUGCCCAUUUGCCUAAGUCUGGAUGAAGUGAAUAUAAGUAUAGAAACAUGCGAAGAGUUAAGAUCUAUGGCUACUGGCCCUAGUCCAGCUCAAGGAUCCUUAGGAAAAUACAGCUUUAUACAUAAAGUGAUUGAUGGAAUCACUGUGACCGUUAAUACAGUUAAUAUUGCAUUUAAUAGUCCGGCAUUCGUAGCCACGUUGCAGAUACAGCGGAUUAGUGUGGAAUCUGUAACUCCCAAAUUUACCCGAAUGGACCUGCCUUUGACCAGGUUGAAGAGUCCAGAGAAGGGACAACUGUUAAUAUUUAAGGAACUUCAGUGGCAGACUGUGCGAAUAGAGGCGAAAUCGACCAAGGACGAUACCUUAACACCAUUAAGAUUGCUGACUAACCAAGCACGAUGUCGCAUUACUAUUAAAAAGCGAUUAUCAGAUUGUUUUAUUCUGGGCUCGAGACUGGUGAUUAUCCUGGACGAUUUACUUUGGGUACUUACUGAUUCGCAACUGAAGGCAGCUCUGCAUUUCUUGAACUCGCUUUCUGGACUAAUUGACAAAGCCACACGGUUAACGAGGAAACUUAAGGCAGCGAGGAAACUGGAGGAAUUGCCCGAAUAUCAGGCUCAAUUAGCGCAAGAGGCACUACAAAAUGUCGCAACUAAAACCGCGAAAACUUCAAGUCGAAUGUUCGCUCAGUAUGAUGUYGUGGAGACUUCAUAUCAUUUUAUGUCUAAUCAAAUAGUUUUUCAUUUCUGUGAUGACCCUGGCGACGGUCGGUCUUCGCAUCCCAAUCUCCGGGAAGGCGGCGCUCUUCAGAUAUCCAUUAAAAAGUUCCAAGUCGAUUUCUAUCCUUAUCAUUUAGCCAAAGGGGACCGAAGACAUUGGCCAACAUACAAUGCAUCCGCAGUCCCGCACGCGCUCUGGCAAGAGCAGGCGUUCGCUUCGUUUCGAAACAAGUUUGUUGAAUUGCUGGACCAUAAUAAAUCGCAACACGUUCCUUUGAGUAGAAAACCAAAAGGCGAUCAGUCAAAUUCGACUGUCCCAUGCGGCCCUGAAAGCGAAAAGUCCACUAAUCCGAGUUCCAAAGAAGUUCGAAGGCGAUUAGAAAUGCAGUUAAAUAAAUUAAUGACGACGUCGGUUGUGAUUCGAGUCGAUGAUUUUACUGUUUACCGCGUGACAACGUCGGGCAAGAAACAAGUUCUGAAAGAAUUUCUUUGUGCUCAGCAUAAAAGGAGAGACCACAAAAAAGCAGGAGACCGAAACCGAAUGAGUUUGCCCAAGGAAGCUAGCAUUAUUCAUGCGGAAUACAUUUAUUAUUACUAUCCGAGUGAAGUGCCAUUUCCUCUUCCCGCUCCGAAGUUCUACGUGCAAGUCAAUCCAAUUCAAAUCGUUUUCGACCGUGAUACUUGCUUGUGGUUGAACUGCUUCCUCUUAAACCUGUAUCGUUCACUACUGACCACGGAAGCUAAAGAUAGUGCAUCAAGCUUUACAUAUAUUGACAUAAAAGUGGAGGCUAUCCUUCCAAGGUUGAAUUUCGAAAGCACAGCAGAAUAUCACAACCAAAGAGAUAGACCCAAAUGUCUAAGCAUGCAAGUGACCAGGGCUACUAUCACUAAUGUGAGGAGUUUGGAGCACUCGUCGAGGGCAGACUUAGCGAAAUGCAUCGACUCUUUCUCGAUGGCGUCGCUCUUUUUCGGAACCGAUUUUCCCAGCAAAGUCGGCGAUUUUUACGUAGUCACCGAAAAGUUUCUGGACCACAUUAAAGCUGCCGACAAUGUAAGGCAACAGCCUCUUCAUCUAGAUGUCACUUCGUUGGAAAGUACGGGUGAAGAGUUGCGAAGAGAUCUGUUUUGGACUGAGGCCAAGGAUGUGUGGUGUAUUCUGCUGGAUCCGGUGUACGGAGACUUCCUGGGCGCUCAAUCCGAUAUUAAUAAGCCUAUACCCUUUCUAGACGCUGUGCCAAUCACGAUUUGGCUGCAUGCCGCUUUUGAUCCGAACAGUACAAUCGGAGACAAAUGUGAUAAAAGCUGCACCGCAGAUAUCCACGCCUUAGCGCACAUAUCGAAUUUAGUCAGUGUUCAGCUGAAUCAUUACCAGUACUUGUUUCUUCUGAGACUGGCGGAUCAGGCCACCGAAUUGGUUACUUUUUUAAAUAUAGACUCGGACAACAUAUUGAAAACGGAGAACACUUCUUCAAUGGUGAUCGGUGCUAUUCUUCCCCAGCUUGAAGUCACUUUUGUGAUGCCUCCCCAAAGCCCAGGCAAAGAAUCCUCUGGCGGGGAUGGCGAAUCGUUUGUUCCAGAUUUUUCCAGCAUAGAUGAUAUAACAGUUGGUAUUCUACGCAACAGCAAUCGGUCCAUACCUCAAACGGAAGCCAGUGGUCGAUUCGUAUCAUAUUCGGAAAAUACGGCCAUUCUAUCUCAAUCGCUACCCGAGCACAAUGAGUCAUUUUGCUUUGUGGCAGACACAAGAAUUGCUGCAAAUUCUGCAUAUGCGACGCAUCAACUCACCAAGAGCAAACAGCAGAAAAACCCUCUACACAACAACAUUAACGUUGGUCUGUCCGCAGUAAAGAAAGGUUUUAGCGGUUUAAUGUCGUCGAUCGACAGUGCCUUGAAGCAAAGCCCCGAUGAUAUCUCAGACUCAAUAUCUGUGAGAAGUGAUGUAUCCAGUGACUCGGAGCAAAUCGUCAUGAUCAAUUUCGAAGAAGAUAUUCGAGGUACGGACUAUAUGUUUGUUGUGAACGGAAUGCAGGAGUUUGAGCGAGUUGAGGAGGCAGCGGAAGUUGUGGAGGAAGCGAGUACGUUGACUUCUACCAGCGAUCACAGUCUAACAAGCAGUUGUAGAAGAAAGGAUUUGGUCUGCUUAGCCACCCUCAAGCUUACAAAUGUCGAAUUUCUACAGCAAUCGCGUGGUUAUUCGUCUUCAGUUAAAAUACAACUCGGCUCUAUUCUCAGCGAGGAAUGUUCCAGCAUCCCUUGGGACGAAUUCCAGGGAAAAUUUAGCAUGCGAUCGAGGGGUUGGUCGGAAAACCCAGAAACCAGCGCUUCCAGCCCCAAAGUGCGACUGCGACUAGAUCACACAUUGGCUCUGUCUUCUGCCAGCUUAUUAUCGCAUUAUGAGCUGACCGACAAAAACAGCAUGAAGAAGGUGUUUGUCGAGUGCUUGGUGGUAGAAGUCAAGGAUUUGGCCUUGAACUUGAACAUGAGCACGGCCACUGGCUUGGCGGACUUUGUUGAAGACGAGAUUAUUCCUAUUCCGUUGCCCUUAAAAAUUUCUGUGGAGAACGUUAGCGUGCACCUUAUAGAGGAUAGACCUCCGGUAAAUAUUACUUCGCCUGGACCAGUCCCUAUCGAUUUAAAUGUUUCUGAGCUCUACAUUACACGUAAUGAAGAUGGUGUUUUUACCGUUACGAAUCAACGACCUGCAAAUCGCAAAUUACGUUCGUCAGAGCAGAAGCAUCUGGAAACCGAACAGUCGAUGUCUAGCAGACUAGCAAACGUGUUAUCUGAUAACGACGAGCUGAAAAGAAAGAUUUAUGCGUUUGAACGGAUAUCCGAGGAAAAUCGCUCUCUUAGGAAAGCCACCGACGAGAAUCGAGAGGAAAACAAUCUGCUCCGAAACCACCUGAAAAAUGCCCAAGACGACGUCAGCAAACUCUUGGAGGAAAAGAGGCGUUUGCUAGAUGAGCUGGUAAAUCUUCGCGAUCAAAUGUCUUCCAAUAGCAACUGGAAAUGGAACUCAAAGAGCUAGCAAUGCUGUUUCGACUGUACUAAUUGCUGUAGCAAUGCUAAACGUUCGCAGUAGUUAGACAGUCAACCUAUAGGCUGUAGAUAGUUACUUUUCAAUUGCGAAUCUGGUCAUGGUUGGUGUCCCGGUUGUUGUGCAAAUAACUACUAAGAGAUAUUAUAUCGAAAUAUUAUUUUUUAUGUUACCUAUAUAUUUACUCGUUUUAUAAAUCUAUCUGGAUGUUUCAAUGGUAUGUAAUAAAUGCAGAACAUGUACUUUG